AUGAUCGACCCCUGGUGGCCCAUACUUGGGGCAGCCGCCCCAGUCUUGAUCGCCGGCCAAGCCUUCAGAAUUAAGGCGAGGCAUGCCGAGGAGCAGCGGAUCAAAACUGUCCGUGGGCGGGAGAAAACCGCGGACGACAUCUUUGUGUGCGAGAGGGUCUGCACUUCAAAGAGGAUGCUCAAGAAAGUGGGGGCCUUUUCCAAAGACCCGAUUCCCGACACAUGUGUCACUGUGUGUGGGGUUUCGGAACUUGAUGCCUGUGCUGAUGCAUGUGCACGCACGGUCUGUGUGAACCAGCAUCAAGUCCCCAACUGGAAUGAUGUUUGUCUGAGGAGGUGUCAGAGUGAGUGUCUUAAAAUAUCCGCCUCACGGUCUUCCUGA